AUGGUUCGGAAGUUUGUUUCUAAAUUAAUGAGUCUACUCAGGCACCUGCGUAAAAUGUAUAUUUGUGCAUUAUUGAGUCAGUUAGAAGAAUUAAAGAAAUCGCCAUGUUGUCCAUCCAAAGAAGAUAUAAAUGGCUAUGCACGGAAAAUCCAAUUUUUGAAAGGGUUGCUGGAAGCUGACAGAUUGCCUGAUUCAUCAGAGAAGAUGUUGGCUGCUGAAAAACUUGCUCCAGUCUCAUCUUCUAAAGACAUUAAUCCAUCAGCAAGUAAAAAGCUUUGCAAUUUAACAAAAGGCAGGUAUGAGAAAGAGAUGAGAGCAGAUCUUUUUGGUAACUCUGACACUUCAGCUGCUGGUGAUUUACGCCAAAGAAAGACUACUGAAAAUGACACUGACUUAGAUACCAUUUUACAACAUUGCAAUCAGAUGCAAGGCAAACUGGCUGAGGAAAUGCUCAUGUUAACAAGAAACCUAAAAGAGAAUGUGUCUGCUGCAAGCCGAAUUGUCAAAGAUGAUCUCAGAACCAUUUCUGAUAGUUCACACUUGGCAAGCUCCAACUUUGAUAAGCUAAAAGUACAAACAGAACAUUUGGAAGCACACACUAACUCUUGUACCUGGUGGGUGUGGCUUAUGAUUGCUGCUGUGACGUUGACUUUUCUUUGGAUGAUAAUAUUUAUUCGAAUAUUUUCAAAAUAAUUUCUGAUUGAGUUACUAAACAACAUCUUUACUGUUACUAAACUAUAAUGUUUUUGUUCCUCCCAGCCAUCACCAGUUAUCAAAGUUGGGCUGCUUGUAAAUAAUGGGCUUUUGAGCAAAAUUACAAGUACCAGAUUUUCGGCAUACAUGGUUUGGAGAAAUUUAAACAAUAAUACCAUUACGUAUUGUUAUACAAUACACACACACAUACAUUUUGACAUAACUGUCUGUUGUUGUUAUACACUGCUGGUUAUUAUGCACUUCCUUGCAUUGUUGCUUUCGAAUGACACCACUCUACUGGCUAGACAAGCAACCCAAUACAUAUAUAUCAAUGUUUUAACAUCCACUUUCCCAUGCUUGCAUCAGUCAGGUGUGAUAUGUUGAGACAAAUUUCCUACAGCCAGACGACCUUCCUGUUGCCAAACCCUACCUGUAGUAAGGUAAUAUUUCUCCAUGACCAAAUAUGUCUCUGACUGGAAACAAUAAACACCACUUCCAUAAUGGUGCCACUUGCAAUUAUCAUGCAAUCUCAAGGCAGGAGGCAGUAGCACACACAUACAGGCAUGCACAUACAUACAUACAUAUAUAUACAUGCAUAUAAUUAAAAGGGAAAUCCUGAAAAACUAUAAAAACACCUCAAAAAACAACCUACUAAAUAUGAAAUUCCAGGUUAAGAAGAUAGUAGAAAGAUUACAUUUCAAAGAUAGAACAGACCUCUACCUCCCUAGAACUCCUAGAAUUAACCUGAAGGGCCCUAUGCCUAAAUUCACUACUUAUCCAUUACUUAUAUGCCCCUCAAAGUCAGAUAUAGGUAGACUUAGGAAUUUUAUCAUUAACAAAUAUAUACCCAAGCUUAGAAAUGAAAAUAAAGUUAACUCAUGGUCUAGUUUAUAUGAGAUAAUUGAUUGGUUCACUGAUGUUAAGAAUAAAGUUCAUACAUUUAGAGAUAUCAAAUUACAAUGCAUCCAUUAACCCAAUUCUAUUCAACAAAGCAUUAAUAUUCAUGAUGAGAAGCUCAAGUUUAUCUAAAGAAGAAAUUGACAUUAUAUUGAUGGUCAGAAAGUCUAUAAUCGAAUUUGAUGAAAUAUUGGGAUAGGGAAGAUGGGCUUGAUCAGUUCAACAUUACCAUGGGAUUGAGCAGUUCUGCUCAGGUAAUGAACUUAGUAGGUGUAUAUGUGUGUGUGUGUAUAUAUAUAUAUAUAUAUAUAUAUAUGACCAUUUUCUAUCUAUCUGUCUCUCUCUUGUUGCUCACAUGUGACCAUUGUCCAUUUUUUUUUUGUCACGUGACCAUCUUUCUUUUCUUGCACGGAUGUUCAAAAGACUGGUUGUGUUUUUUCUCUCUCUUCAAUCUUUUCUCUUUACAAAGAAAAUAUUUCUCCCAGUAUUCACUGUUUUCCUCUCGUUCUGGUCUAACGACUCUCCAUGUUUCUUUUCACUCUGUUUCCUUGUAUGUCUCCACUGUCCUGUUUUUGUUCCCAACUUUGACCCUCCAUAAAUCCAAAAUUUUAUUUUAGAAUUUAUGGGAGCAUCCGUCUUUGAAGACUCAUAUUAUCAUUGAAUGCUCGAAAUGAGGAGCAGAUAGACAGCCGACAACUGAUGAAGGGUCCUUUCUCUGUGUUUACUCGUCCUGUUUUCCAUUUUUUGUUUUACUUCGUUUACGUAUUGAACUUAUUUGUUUAUGUAUUUCAUGUUGUUUACACCAUUGGUAACAUCCUGUACUCAUAUAUGCAUAUAUAUAUAUAUAUAUAUAUAUAUAUAUAUAUAUAUAUAUACAUACACACACACAUAUCUCAAAAUAGUGAAAACAUGAAAGAUGUGUUGGACUGAGAUUUAAUGUGAAUGUAUUGUAUAUAAUGCUGUAAUAAACAAGUUUUUGAGGCUGUAUAA